GAGGGUUAAAAUCGCUGCUGGUUUUGAUUCGAGCUGAGGCUGGAGCUCAGUGCAGGGUGCAGCUGGAGAUGUAGAGCGCCCGGGGUAAGAGCAGCAGGACAACGUUAAAUAUGGACGGCGUCUUGGUCGGACUGGUGCUGGCGUCCGUCUCCUUUCUCUGAGCAAUUCUGUGAAGGAUGAGCCAGUUCUCUCGGUCCGCCGCUCUCCUGCUCUGCUUAUUGGGCUGUAAUGUGUGGAAAGCGGUCACCAAAACCUUACGCGAUCAGCGUGCACAAGAGGUGACCUUAAAAGUCCAUGUCAGUGAUUCAAGUACACAUCAGCCCUUGGGUAAAGCCUUCAUUGAGAUUUUCGCCAACCAGACCUCAUUUGCCUCGGGAUAUUCAGAAGCCAAUGGGGUAGCCUUCAUCACGUUCCGCUAUACCCUUGGAGUUCAGCUUCUCAUUGCUGCAUCAAAAAGUGGCUAUGUCCCAAACUCUUCACCAUGGCUAGCCACUAAACUGCCCUUGUUUUCAUCUGUGAGCUUGCUUCUCCAACCUGAACGGUCAGCAACCCUAAUGGUGUAUGAAGACGUUGUUCAGAUUGUCUCCGGAUUUCAGGGUGCUCUAAUUCAGCCUCGAAUCCAGUUCCAGAGAAGGUCUCUCAACUUGCCAAAGAAGUCAGACUAUAGAAAUUUGGUAGCUUUUCUUACAGUAGCUACCACCCCUUGGGAAGUAGGUAAUUUCCCAUACCUACAAGGAAUUGAUGUAAAUCGAACAGGAAACAUCAGCAGGUUUGAGCUGGCCCCUGUGACAGCAGUGAGUGUUCAUCUCUUGAAUAGUGAUGGAACUGAAGUUCAAGUGAACGGCCCCAUCUGUGUGACCAUUCCCCUGCCGGCCAAAAGCUCUUUGAAGCACAACGAUGCUCUUCCAGCAUGGAAGUUUGAUAAGAAAAUUGGUACGCCCACAAUGCUCAAAGGAAUGGAGUUGCAGGAUUUUGACUCAGCCACAAGGAAGCAACAGCAAUUUUGUUCCAAGUCAGGAUGGAGCAGGGAAUUUACAGGUGCUUGGCUGAAGAGUGGAUUGGGUCUUGUACAAAGAGAAGGCGACUAUCUCACUUGGACAUACUUCGCUCCACAGUUGGGUUACUGGGUUGCAGCUAUGUCUCCUCAAAGCCCAGGUAAUAUGGGUUCUGUUGGAGCCAGUGACAUCACUGUCUAUCAUACAGCCUUCCUGUUGGCCAUUCUUGGAGGAAUGACUGUCAUUCUACUGGUUCUGCUUUGUUUACUCAUCUAUUAUUGCAGGAGAAAAUGUUUAAAGCCCCGUCAGCACCAUAGAAAAAUUCAGCUGUCCUCUGCACUAGACAGUUCUAAGAAAGACCAAGCAACAUCCAUGUCCCACCUCAACUUAAUCAGUGCAGUCCACAUGGAAUUGGUAUCAUCCAAUGGAGAGGCAGAUGUACGUACACCAAUGUUGAAGCCCUCAUACAGUACUUCACGAGAAUUCAGUUCUAAAGAAGAAUUAAUUUCACACAAAGACCCAUCUUUAAGAGAGACCUUAAAGGACGAAUAUUGUCGAUCUCCUCCUCGAAACUAUCACCUCAAAAUGGCAAGAUCCAUUGAUGUUUCUGAAGAUUUUGAACCUCCUGCGAGAGAAGACUAUAGAAAGAGCUACAAUUCCGUUGUUUCGCAGCCCCUACUGGAUAAAAGAGAUAAAGAAGUUCAGGCUUCAAUAAGACUUCUUUCCACAGACAGUAAAAGUAGUAUUCAAGAGCCAGACUAUCAACUAUCAUAUGUUCCUGACAAAGCACAAAAAGUGGACAGAAAAGCAACUGAUUACAUGAUGUCCCGGUCAGUUGAUCAUCUUGAAAGACCAACCUCUUUUCCACAGCCAGGCCAGUUGCUCUGUUGCAGUUCUGCAGAUGAGGUGAACGACAAUGUUUAUAGAAAAGUGCUACCUACGUUAGUUAUUCCUGCCCAUUAUAUGAAAUUGCCCAUGGAAUAUCAGUCCAUGGGGCAGCCUUUGACUGCCCCUGCAGAACAACAGCUGGAUUUUGAAAGAUUACAAGCAGAGCUUUCUAUUUCCCACCAACAGAUGCAUCCUCAUUCUCAACAACAACAGCAAGUGACACCACAAACUUUAUCGCAGCAGCAACUUCAGGAAACAGAAGGUGGAGACUGGAGUCCCCAGUCAUCCACCAUGUCAGAAUCUGUAUCCAUCCCAGCAUCACUAAGCGAAGCAGCAAUGGCUCAGAUGAAUAGUGAAGUCCAACUCUUUGCAGAAAAAGCACUGCUAGAAAUAACAGGAGGAAAGCCUCUCCCUCAUCCCAGAGCUUGGUUUGUGUCCUUAGAUGGCCGUGCAAACGCGCAGGUUAGGCAUUCUUACAUUGACUUGCAGAAAGCUGGCAAAAAUGGGAGCAAUGAUGCAAGUUUGGAUUCUGGCGUGGACAUGAAUGAACCAAAACCUUCCCGAAAGGGAAAAGAAGCAAGAGAACAGAACCUUUCUGGCAGUAUGACAUACACUAGGCUGGUGUAUGUGGAUGACAUGGAACAGAGCGGCAGUGAAAGUGGUACAGCUGUCUGUAGCCCAGAGGACACCUCGAUGAAACCACUAAUGGAUGGGUCAGCUGAAAGAGAUAGUCGCACAACAUUAGGAUUACAGAAUGAAAACAUCCAGCGAAUUGAAGAAAUUGAGGAGUGUCUUCCAACGAGUCCACGACACACAGAGACUGCUGAAACUGAUGAAAAGAUAAUGAAUAAUGAAAAUGACCGUAUUAAUGACAAUGAUCAAAUCAACGAGAAUGAUGACAAUGACAGCACUGAAGACCAAGACGAGGAUAAAAAAAGCCCUUGGCAGAAACGGGAGGAAAGACCUUUAAUGGCUUUUAAUUUGAAGUGAGCAUUUACAGGUUUACUCUCAUGGGAGUUAAAAUAAAGUUGCCAAAUAUGUUAUGAAAGUGUGUGUUCAGUUGUGGGAACUUGAGAUAAUGAAAGAGGGAGAAGACAUAAAUAUAUUUGAAAGGAGCUGUGAAUGCUGUGCUGAUGUUUCAUACAUUGUGGGGAAAGUGCUCAGAGAGCUUUCUUGCUUGAAUGAAGGCCAGUGAGACAGCUAGAUGAUUAAAGAAAGAUAAUGUCUUCAAAUUUAUUUUUGCCAUAAAUGACCUAUUGUAUGAAAUAAUCAGUUCCAUGCCAGAUAUUUUACCUAAGUAUCCGAACAGUGGCAGUGGUUGAUGGAUUGUGAUUUAUUUGCCAGAAUUAUACUGUAAUAUUGUAUAAAAGGGCAUCACGCUGUGUCCACAGUUAUAGAAUAUUUGAAAGAAAGGCUAUGCAUUGCUGCUUUUAAAAUUAUGUUGCUUAAUUCACUUGUCACGUCUAAUAUCUGUUGUAAACUAUUUUUGUUAAGAUAGCUUAUUCUAUUGAAUUCAAUAUUGUUAGAACAUUUAGCUACCAGUAUGCUGUGAAUGACAACACUCAGUGAUGGCAGAAGCCACUGAUUAAAACCAAACUGUCCUCUUUAUUGAAAAAAAAUCUGGUCCGGUAUUCUCCAAGUGCCUUCAUGUUUUCCACUUAACAAACCCUAUUUCAAUGGUUCUUGUCUCUGGACUCUUGAAAUUCUGCUUUUCAUAAUUGUCAGUUUUUUGACAGUUCUGUAUUGAUUUGCAUGCAAUUAUCAACCAGUUGUGCUUUUAUGUCAUGCUUAAAUUGCAACAGUAUAUUGUAGAUAGUAACGUGUAUUGUAUUACUGGUUUGCUGUUGAACUACAGAUAGACUAGAGAACUUUUACAGAGACAUGAAAAAUGUAGCCAUGAAUGGAUGUUCUGUAUAUAUUGUAUGUUUGGCUGCAGUUGAAUAUUUUAAUUGCUAGCAUUUCCAAUGUCUUUCCAAUCUGGGAUAAUUGAGUGGUCAAGACUGAAUGAUCAAUGUGUUCAAACCAACAUGUUAUCCUUCUGUGUCAUUUUACAGUACAAGGAUUCCUUUUCUGUACAAUCAUUUGGAUUAGUUGCUUGUUUCUACAAGUCUAAUUAUUCAAAAUAAAUCUUGGGUAAAAGCUGAA